UGAAAAAGUUAGAACCCUAACUAAUUUCGGCACCUGUUUCAAACAAUGACGACAAUCUCUGAUCUUUCCAGAGAUUUGAUCGGGGAUAUACUCUCCAAAGUUCCGAUUACAUGUGUUGGAAAAGUAAGAUGCACAUGCAAACAAUGGAAUGCUUCAUCGAGACAUAGGAUAUUUGGUAAAGCAGUAGCUAGGCAGUUUAUGGGGUUCAUGAUGAUGGAUUUUAAGGUUUGUUUAGUUAGAAUCGAUCUCAACGGAAUAGUAAAGGACGAGGAAGGCUCUGGUCCAGUAUCUAUAAAACCGAUUGAUAAGCUCAAUAAAAUCGAGAUAUCUAAAGUAUUUCACUGCGACGGCUUGUUGUUAUCCACGACCAGAGACAACACGAGGCUAUUGGUUUGGAACCCGUAUCUAGGGCAAAUGAAGUGGAUCGAGCCCAAAACAGCUUACCACAGAUUGGACAGGUAUGCUCUGGGGUAUGAUACAAACAAGAAAUCCUACAAAAUAUUGAGGUUUGUAGAUGAUGCCUACUGGCCCACACCCCUUUUUGAGUUUGAAAUCUACGAUAUGAACUCUAACUUGUGGAGGGCUCUUGAUGUCACUCCCGACUGGGAUAUCGAGUUUUUUCGACCCGGCUUGACAGUAAAGGGAAACACUUACUUUUUUGCUACACAAAAAAUAAUAUUAGACGAAGGUGAAGCAGACGGAGAUGUAGAUGAUUUCUUGGUCUCUUUUGAUUUUACCAAAGAGAGAUUUGGACCACAUCUGUACGUGCCGUUUCACUCUCGUCUCCACGGAGACACCGUGGUUCUAUCGAGUGUCGGAGAAGAGAAGCUUGCAGCGUUAUAUCAAUGCAUGGAUAUAAAUAUGAUGGAGAUAUGGGUUACGACUAAGAUUGAGCCCCACGCGGUGUCGUGGAGCAAGCUGUACUUCUUAGCAGUUGAUAAGAUGGUCCCUCUCUUAAGUGGAAGUUUCUUCAUUGACGAGGAAAAGAAACUCGCACUGGCUUUCACUUUAGACACACUUGGUCGCUACAAAAGGGCUUACAUCAUUGGAGAGGAUGAGUAUUUUAAACAAGUGGAUCUCGGAGAAGCUGUUUUGAUUCCUGAUGACGACGACUAUCCCUACUGUUUCCCACUCGUAUGCUCUUACGUGCCAAGUUUAGUGCAAAUCAACCAAGGCUUAGUACUAUCGGGAAAAAGGAAAGAACGAUAAGUUACAUUUUUACAAGUGUCGUGUUUGUUUCCGCAUAUCAUCUCCUCUUUGUUUUCUUUUGCCUUUUGUCAUCUUCUUUGAACAAGACUUAGUCAAUUACUUUUAUUUA